AUGGUGCCCAAAGGUGCUCCAGGUCUGGAGGUGAGGCUGCCUCAGCAGGGAGCAGAGUGGGACAAUCCCCUGGAUGUCACGGUGUCCAUGCUGUCCCUGCGGCCCCAGGACAAUCCCCUGGCUGUCACGGUGUCCAUGCUGUCCCUGCGGCCCCAGGACAAUCCCCUGGCUGUCACGGUGUCCAUGCUGUCCCUGCUGGCCCCAGGACAAUCCCCUGGCUGUCACGGUGUCCAUGCUGUCCUUGCGGCCCCAGGACAAUCCCCUGGCUGUCACGGGGUCCAUGCUGUCCUUGCGGCCCCAGGACAAUCCCCUGGCUGUCACGCUUCGGCGGCCGCGGCGGGCGGGGCUGCCCGGGCGGGCCGGGGCUCGCAGGGCUCGGCCGAGCUCGGGAGCGUUCUCCUGCGCAGCCAGCAGCUCCUCCGGGGCUUGGCUGCUCGGAGCUUGAGGUUGUUUAGGCCGAGGAAGUUGAGGUGGCGACGGGCUCGUAGCAGAUCUUCAGCUCCACAAGCAUCUUUUUCCUCUCGGAGCCCUGCAGUGAGCUGCGAGCACGGCUGUGCCGAGGCCAUUCAUGCUAUUCUGGUGUACAGCCAAAACGUGGAAGAACUUCUGAGGCGCAGGAAAGUCUACAGAGAAAUCAUCUUUAAGUAUUUGGCGUCGCAGGGAAUUGCAGUGCCUCCUUCUUCAGAGAAACACCUCCUCAUCGAGCGUGUGAGGCAGCUCUGGAGCGGGCAGCUGAUGGCACGAGCCUCAGAGCCAGGGCACAGGAAACCUGCUGCACAGAGUCACGGAAAUGGACAGAAGUCACCACAAGAUGACGUUGGUGGUCUAGGAGGAGAAUUCUGCCAGUGGUAUUUUGAACUCCUGAACUCUCAACACCCUUUGGGAGUAAAAUCUGAGGAGACAUGGGGACCACAGCAUUUUUGGGAGGAUGCCAAACUGAAGUUCUGUUACAACACUUUGGAAAAAAACAUAGAACAGUAUGUGGGUGCAGAGAUGGUGAGCCUGCGCCUGCUGUCCUUGGUUAAAGAAGAAUGUCUCCUCUUCAACCCAAAUUUGCAUUCCAGUGGCCUGAAAUGUGCUAUGUCCCCUCAUGGAUUGGUGCUAGUGGCAGUGGCUGGCACAGUGCACAGAGACAAUGCUUGUUUGGGUGUCUUUGAGCAAAUCUUUGGCCUCAUCAGCUGCCCUGUGAGGAAUAACACCUGGAAAAUAAAACUGGUGAACCUUAAAAUAGUAGGACAGAACUCUCUGGAGCCUGGGAUGCAAAUUGAAGAACCUUCCAUAAAAUAUGAGUUAAACCAACUGAGAGAGUUCUAUGAUGGGGAUGAAAUGACUGUGUUUGAACCUCAGAAAUUCUGAGCAAUUUGUCACGGCUGGGUGAGGGACUGGGCUGUUGCUGCCAUGCAGUUUCUCUUCUCUGAGUAAGAUUUGCUGAGUGGCAAGCGGAGAUACAGGGAAUUAGCCCAGGUGAUGCUUGUGGGCACUUUCCAAGGGCUAACAAAUGUUUCAUGGGUAUUCCUUCAGGUGUUGCACUGUCAUUAGAGUGGGGUUUGGUUAUUCAUAUUACAUUUAAAUGUGGAAUGGCAGCAGUGUGUAAUGAGGCAUUCACAAACUGCACAUUCUCUUCAGGACACCAGUUGAAACUCUUACCUGAGCUGUAAUAGGAAGUCAUUGCAUCUGGCUUUUGAAAUUUGGGAAGGGUAAGUGUGUAAAUGGGCAUCUGAGUCCAAAGAAAACCAAUAGAAAACUCAAAACACUGAAUGGAGGCAGCUGCUGUGAGUGUUCUGAAUGUGAUUUAAUGGGACAGUGCAGGGAACUUGGCAUUGUUGAAGAUUUUUUUUUUAACUUCUUUGCAUUAAUUGCUGUCCUUUUACCUUAUGGUUCCAGUUUUGUCAUGAGUACACACAAAUCGUUCUGUCUGCAUUUCCAAGCAGACAAGCUUGAGAUAGUUGCCCAUUUCAAGCACUGACUGUCUGAGAUCAAGAACUUGAUUUCAAAACUUGCAGCAACACUGUAUGAACCAAAUGCUCUGAUAGUUAUUUUGUAUAUAAUUACAACAGAGUUCUUAAUAUAAUAGUUGUGAUUUUUGUAUGUUUUUUCAAAAUAAGUAUUUUGUUUACUCUGAGCUGCUUUAUUACAGGUACUGAAAGUCCAUUUGUUACCACUGGGUGGUUACAAUGAUAGGUCAUGCUAAGAAAAGUAUUCAGUUACAAUUAUUGCCAAUGAAAAACUUGAUUUUUUUCUUACUCUGUUUAUUUAUAGAGAAUUAGAGGUGAAAUGAGGUGAAAACUUCAUUAUUUAAAUCAAUCUUCUUUGGAUUGUUUGGGAUUUUAUUUUAAUUUUCUGGCUUUACUGUUUAAAAUUUUGAAAACAUAAACAUUCCCCAUAACUUAGCAGAAGCAAAAGAACUGUUGCCAGAUUUUUCAUGGUAAAGUGUGGCUGAGUGACAGGGAACAAGAAGGUUCAGUUAUGCACAGAACUGAUGUUUAUGAACAGUCUGAAUCUUGCUUUCUCUUUAAAGUAAUUUCUUUUCAAAGCUGAAGUUCAGCUACUGUGUUGGGAUGUUCUUUCUCAAUAAACACCUGAGUUGUGGCUUCUCAUUUUUCUCUUGUUUAAAAUAAAUAUCCUUGCUGAGAGUUAAAAAUUCGAUUUUGAAAUCAUUGACACAGGCAGAAUUUUUUAAGAGCAGAAAAACAUUGACUGUGUGGUAAAUGUGAGAAGGUAAUUUUGGCUUAACCUUGACUUUAAGGGAAAUAUUAAGAUUUGUUUAAAUGGAGUUGAAAUUGUUUCUGGACUUUUUUAAACAGAGCUGGACAAGUUUAAAAAAAGCAAAAUUAUGUACAGGAGUGAUUUCAUCCCUCUUUUUAGAUGCUGCUGUUCAGAGCUGAAGUAAUUAAUUGUUGAUUUACUCUUGAAAACACUGGACAUUUUAGUUGUAUUCAGGAGACUGAAAAAAUUAAGUAAAAUUUAUUCAAAACUGUUAUAAUCCAUUUUCCUCUGUUUCCUAGCAUGACAAAAAAAUAACAGUUUCUUAUGUCUACCACUGAAGCUGCAAUGCUAAAUUUGUGCUUUCUAGAUCUCUCUCUGGUAAAUAAUUUGUCAAAAAACAAAAUUCUUAUUUGUGGCAAAGCGUGUGGAGCUUUCUGAAUGUUAAACAUUCAGAAGUUGUGUUCCCUCUGUGCUUUCUUUGGAUGCUCCCCAUGAAAUGAAGUUUUUAAGUGUAUUUAGGAAUUUGUAAAAGAUGUCUUCAUCUGUUUAGACUUUACCAAUUUUUAUUCUGCUGUUUUUUUCCUGUUGUAAUUGUCUUUAUUAUGACAGGAAGUCUUUUAUGUUCCCUUGUCACAAGGUGCUUCUGCUUCUUUCUGCAUUGCUUGCUGUUUUUUUGCAAUCCAUUAUCUGUCUCAGUAGCUUGUUCUUUUUUUCCCUAAGAGUUAGAUAAGGGUAAAUUCUGCAAGCUGAUAAAAUUCUGUAAAAGGAGAAAUACAGGCCUCCAAUAAAGAUACCAACAACCAUA